AUGAGCGGCGGCGAGGAGGAGGAGGACGAGGACGAGGAGGUGUUCUACGAGUCGCGGGACCGGGUCCUCUCCUCCUCCGGCUCCUCCACCUCCGCCUCCGACGACGAUGACCACGCGCAGCAGCAGCAGCGACGCCGACGGGACGCCUACCCGCCUGCGGCGGCCGCGGCUGCGCUGGACCUGUGGACGUCGCAGCCGGCGCCCGUGCAGGAGCGCCGCAGGAGGCUCCUCCAGACGAUGGGGCUCGCCGGGGACCCCUCCCUCGCGCGCCUCGAGAUGGGCCGAUCGGUCUCCUACGACAGGCCCGUCCGCCCGCCCAUGCUCUCGCCCAUGCCCCGAUCCAGAUCGGACGGCGCCGUGCCGGCCAAGCCGCCGCGAGGGGGCCGGGCCUCGUCGGGCUCCUCCGAGGCCAUGCCGGAGGACGACGAGGCCGACCCCAGGUGCCUAAUCCGGAACCUCGACGACGGCACCGAGUUCGUCGUCAAGGAAGAGUUUCAGCUCCGCGAGGUCGGCACGGGCCGCCAGCUCACCCUGGAGCAGUUCCAGCUCUGCGUCGGCCGCUCUCCCAUCGUGCAGGAGCUCAUGCGCCGCCAGAACAUUGCAAACGACGGCGCCUCCACUCCCAUCCACAGGUCCAGCUCCGACUCCAGCAACGGCGCGGCCCGGCCCAGGCGCCGCAUUAGCUGGCUUCGUACCAUCCGCCACGUCGCUGGCUCGAUGGUGGCCGGCUCCCGUGACCGCCGAAGCAGCGACGAGAAGGACACGUCAUCGGAGAAGGGCGGACGCCGGUCCAGCUCAGCCACGGAUGACAGCCAGGAUAGCGCCGGCGCCGUGCACCAUGGCCCAGAGCGCAUUAAGGUGCGGCUGUACGGCAAGUCGUACAAGGAGCUCAGUGGGCUGUUCAUGAACCAGGAGGUACCGGCGCACGACGGCUCUAUCUGGAGUAUCAAGUUUAGCCCCGAUGGGCGCUACCUUGCAAGUGCUGGGGUGGACUGUGUGAUCCAUGUCUGGGAAGUGUUGGAGUUUGAAAGGAGACGAGAGGAGAAUGGGGUGUCUAAUCCAUUCGUUGCAGUGAUGUGCAAUGGUUCGCCAGAGCCAACAUUGGCCUUGGCCACUGUGGAUGGGAGCCAUUGGGAUAAGAAACUCCGGGCGAGGGUCUCACAAUGUCGGAAAUCCAGUAGCUCAGACCGGUUGAUGGUGCCAGAGCAUGUGUUUGGACUGUCGGAAAAACCUGUCAAAACUUUUGAGGGGCAUUCAGAGGAUGUUCUUGAUCUAUGCUGGUCCAAGUCACAGUACUUGCUUUCGUCUUCAAUGGAUAAAACAGUGAAGUUAUGGAACAUGUCAAGUGUAUCAUGUUUGAAAACGUUCUCACACUGUGACUAUGUGACAUGCAUCCAGUUCAACCCUGUCGAUGAUAGAUACUUCAUUAGUGGUUCUCUGGAUGAAAAGGUCCGCAUCUGGAGCAUUCCAAAACGUGAAAUUGUUGAUUGGCAUGAUCUGCAUGAAAUGGUCACUGCUGCUUGCUAUACCCCUGAUGGACAGAGUGCGUUAGUUGGUUCCCACAAGGGCAGCUGUCAUCUUUAUGACACAUCGGAUAAUAAGCUUAUCCAAAAGAAACAAAUUGACUUGCAAACUAAAAAGAAGAAGUCCCGCCAGAAGAAGAUCACUGGAUUUCAGUUCCUUCCAGGGAGUUCUUCGAAGGUGCUCAUCACAUCUGCCGAUUCACGGAUCCGAGUUAUUGAUGAUUUUGAACUAGUUCACAAAUUUAAAGGUAUCAAGGUCUUAACGAAUCAUAGCUACUGUGUCAUACCAUAUUGCUAUUAUCUUCAAGGUUUGGCCGGUUUCCGUAACACCAACAGCCAAAUCUCAGCUUGCUACGCAGCCAGAGGCAGAUACGUGAUCUCAGCGAGCGAAAACUCCCAUGUGUACGUGUGGAGAAACGACGACGGCCCUGACGAGCAAAGAAGCAGCAGCAGCAGCAGCAAGGGCGUCGUUUCUGUCGCAAAUUCCUACGAGUACUUCUACUGCCGGGACGUGACGGUGGCCGCCGCCUUGCCAUCCACGGCGGGGUCAGCGGCGACGUCCCGGACCAACUCCAGGAGGAAGCACCAGGAGCUGGAUUGUGUGUCCGAGUAUCCUCUGCCGCACGCAGGAGACGGAGAUUCCUCUGAUUUCCAGCAGCAGCAGAGCCGCGAUGACCUAAGCAACGGUUCGAACCACAGCGGCGGCGACAGAGCGUCUGCGACCUGGCCCGAGGAGCUCAUGACGCCGACGAAACAGAGCCCGCGGUCCAGCACCAGUCUCCCCGACGGUGACGGCGCCGGGCAGGCCCCGAGCCGGUCGGCCUGGGGCAUGGCCAUCGCCACGGCAGGCAGUGGGGGUCAGAUCAGGAUACUCCAGAAUUUUGGGUUUCCCGUCAGAGUAUAG